AUGAAUGCAGACCUCGGAACAAAGGGGUCAUCCUAUAGGGAGCUCCCUACUUUCCUCCAAAGAUUGGUAACAUCUAACCCGGGAACUGUGCUCUCCUUGGAAACAGAGUUCCAAGAAGGUGUGGGGCAGCGUUUUAAAUACCUCUUCUUCUUCCUUGGCGCAUGCUUGAAUGGUCUGAACUACAUUAGGCAAGUUAUAGUGGUAGACGGUACCCAUCUAAAGGGAAAAUACGCCAGGUGCCUUCUAACUGCAAGUUAUCAGGAUGGUAACUACCAACUCUACCCUAUAGCUUUUGCAAUUGUCGAAGGUGAAAAUGAUAAAUCGUGUACUUGGUUCUUUCACAAAUUAAUGGAGCUUAUCCCAGACAAGAGCACUCUCGUGUUCGUGUCAUACAGACACAACUCCAUCUACACCGACAUGCGAAAGAUAACACAACUAAACUACGUUUAUCCGCUUAGCGGACAUUGUGUUUGCAUUGUUCACCUCACUUGCAACAUUCAAACCAUAUUCAAGAAGAAAAACCUGGGCUACCUAGUGUCAAAGGCGGCGAGGGCUUACACCCCAAUUGAGUUCUACGGUCUAUUUAGCAAAAUACGAGCCUUAGACAGGGCCUAUGGAGAGUACCUCACCAAUAUUGGCAAUAAAAACUGGGCAAGAUCUCAUUUUCCUGGAGCACGAUAUAACAUCAUGACAACGAGAGGUGGGAGGCGGGAGGCGGCAGCUGCGACAAGUACAUCUCUUACUCCAACAGCGGAGGAAUUUCUGUCGGAGAAUUUCGAACAGUCUACUGGUUUUGUUUACCAAAAAAUCAAUGAUGAUGAGUUCGAAAUCAGAAACAAAGAAGGGGAGCCUUUCCUGGUGAAUCUUAAAAAGAAGACUUGUACCUGCCAUGAGUUUGAGAUGCUAGACCUACCUUGUUCACAUGCUGUCGUUACUGCAAUGCGGUCUGGAAAAAGAGUCGACUCUUUUGUUGGGCUAGAAUACACAACGGCUUUUUGGAGAAAAGCUUAUGAAUGCAGCAUUUACUCCAUUAAUUCAGGUACUGUGUACAAAACGCCACCUGGACGCCCACGCAAGAAGCGCUUUCCAUCACGUUGGGGAGUUCGGGGAGUCGGCUUUGACUACAGAGGGCGAGACCACGGGGAAACGGCUGUGAGCCCCGGGCAGACUAAGCACAACUGCGGCUGGCCGCCUCUUGGCCGCGGUCACAGGGCUCGUGUCGAUUGUAGCACUUAG